AUGGAAGUUUGCGCGUCAGCAAAGAAGCUUAAGAACAAAAAGAGUAGUGCUGGAGACGUAAUAAGCAAUGAAAUUAUUAAAAUUGCCGUGGAAGAUCAUGCUACUAACUUUGUUAAACUUUUUAAUCAUGUUUUAUUUCAUGGAAAUUUUCCUCACAUGUGGUCGGAAGGGUAUAUUGUCCCUCUUUAUAAAUCAGGUUGUCGUUCUGAUCCUGGAAACUACAGGGGAAUAUGUAUCAGCAGUUGUUUAGGGAAAUUUUUUACCUCAAUUCUUAACUAUCGUCUUAAUACCUUCUUGGAAGAACACCAAAUCUUGAAUAAGAAUCAAAUUGGUUUUAG